UGAACGCAAAAUAAUGUCAGUUGCAUUAAGCUUCUCUCAGCACGUGGAUGUGUGACGAAUUUCCGUAUGGCGUCAUUUUGCAGAAUAGUUUUAUUAAUCAGCGCAUUUUCAAUGCUUCAGCACGUGAUAGCCCAGCCAUUAGCAGAGUUCAACGAUGAUUCUAUUGGAAGCACCCCAAAGCAGCAGCAGCAGGUGGAUAGUACGAGUGAGAGAGCGCCUCCGAACAAGGCCACAUCUCCAUUAAAAAGAGAACACUGGGCCGUAUUGUGUGCUGUGAUUCCAUUGACUCUUUUACUUAUAACUAUACUUAAAUACAAAUGCUGUCCAAGUGUGCGCAUUUGUGGCUGCAAAGAAGUGGAGUUACAACGGAGAGAAUCGAUUCCGCAAAAUAGAGUAUUUAAACCACAACAUCACUGGGGUUCCACAAAUCAUAUCUGAGAGUAUAAUAUACAUACAUAUCAGUGUUGCCAGAACUUUUUCGAUGAACCGGCUAAAUUGGCAAAUAAAACCGGCUAAAAACGGCUAAAAU